AUGAAGACUCCGAUAGAAAUUUCGGACUCGUCCGGAAGCGAUGAACCCAAUCUCACUUUAUUUAAGGAGAUGAAGUCAGAGAUAUGGGAAUACCUUGAUCAUAUCAAGGAACGAGUCGUCGGAAAUGUUGCUACCUUGAAGCUACAGAAGAGCUUCAUCAAUCCCGGGUUGGUGGUGUCCGACGCUCUCAUCCCACUACCCUUGACACCUCGAGAUGCUGAGAUUAUUAAGAAAGCGUGCGGACAGGCUGCGCCUAACCAGGCCAAUGAGACUCGUGCGGACUCAUCAGUACGCAAGAGCUGGGAGCUCGACCCCACCCAAUUCAAGUUCACCAACCCGGAUUGGCAAGAAUAUGCCACCACAUUAAUGAACGAGACUGCGCAAGCGUUGACCAUGUCACACGUAAGAGCAGUCCCUUCCAAGCUCGUACUGCAUGAAGAGGGCGCGCUUUUCAAGAACCCCAAGAUCGUCCCGGGAAUGGUCGGAAAAUUGAUUAUCUGCCUCCCCUCGAAACAUGACGGCGGUAGCAUCCACUUGUCUCAUGCCGGCAAGAAAUACAUCCUCGACACCGACAAGGCGUGUGAUUUCGGGCUAACCAGUCUCGCAUGGUAUUCCGACGUCGCUAAUGAGGCCAAGCCCCUCAAAUCGGGAUGUCGCCUUGCCAUCAUCUACAACAUCACGCAAACUAAAGGCGACCGGUUCUCUGCUGAGCUAGUCGACAAGCAGUCGGAAACCCUCCGUUCACUAUUUUCUAAGUGGGCGGCAAUCCCGGACGAUCAACUACCGAACGAGCCUCAGCUGAUGUAUGUGCUCGCACAUCGAUACACAAACUCCAGUUUCUCGUUGAGCAAUCUUAGAAGCUGGGAUAGGAUCGUGUGCCAGAGCUUGUAUGAGGUUGGUUUGGACUGUGGAUUCACUGUAUUACUCGCCAACAUGACCCGGAUCCGAUACACAGAGGAUGAGAAUAUGGGCGGCGAAGGAAGGACAAUACUAGAAGAUAUUAGGGCUUACGAUGGAACCCUACUCUGUGCUGAAUGCUGGAUUGAGAACGAUGACAACGUUUCUGGGUACGACUGCGAGGACCUCACUCCCGACGAGAAAGGCGAUGAGAUUUACCCAGGCUAUUAUACGAAGCGCACCUAUAAUGAUACCGUCGCCGUCAUUGUACCUAUGAGUCGCCUAAGUAGGUUCGCUUUUGAUGAUACCUAUGAUCGUGGUGUAAUGAAGUUCUUUCGCGAGGCUCUAAAAGACCACGCAAGCGACGAGCGUGUUCGAGCCAACCUCUUCAAGAUGCUUAUAGACACUAUUCGAUCUGCUGAACCUAAUGCUGAGGUGCUAUCCGAUAUGCUAAGGAUAGCCAUCGAAUCCCAGAAUAAUUCACUGCGUCAUGAGGUUAUCAGCGGACUGCUACAGGACCCGAAAGUUCAACCAGCAGUGUUACCGAUAGUAGCGCAGUUCUUGAAAGAGAGCAGCCUCAAGAGCCCAAAGCAGCAGCCGGACUGGAACUACUGGUUUGGUGAUUUGGUCGGUAGAGCGUCAACGUAUCCAUUGACAGGCUUCCUGGAAUUUACAGCUCGCUUCGAAUCGAUACUUGAAGCUCAGAAUCUGAAGUCUUCGUUUCAAGACUGGAAAGGACCCGCGACGGAUAAGGUGGUUGAGUUAACCCAGCAAUUGAACAAGACCAACUAUAACUUUUUGGUUUGUCUGUUAUCUUCGCGAUCUGGGGAUAUGUCAUGGUUGAGGAACUGGUUCACCCCGGUAUUGGUCGAUAAAGCUACGAAGCAAUUGGUCUGCUUGAUACUGAAAGCUAUCUACGACAAACGGGAAGCAAGCAUCCUCCCCAACGCCACGGAGAUGUUCCGAUGCAUACUGGAGAAGAAUACCGAAAAGCUGGCCUUGGAGAUUGGUGAUUUCCCGAACAAUAUUCAGCCGGCUCUGCCUUACGGAGCCAGGCGCCAAGACGAAACCAAACGCCAAGACGAACCAUGCCUCAAGGACGUUAUCCAGGUCAUUGAACAGGGUUUCGCCAUGAAAUUUACCCAACAAACAACCCAACUUCUCGAGAAGAGUUGUACGGACAUCCACCAAGGCUGCCAGAAGCUGAAGGAGAACGAAAUGCCUUACGUUACUUCGGUCCGAAGCUUCUUACAAUCCAUUCUAGCCAUUUUGAAAAAAUAUCAGGUCCGCCCGCUUGAGUCGGUUAGGGAUAUGUUCGUGACUCUUCUCCGCAAGGUAAUGGUCGCCAAUCCACCAAGGUUGCGGUCUGCUCCCAGACUAGGUAGUCGAGGUCCUUCACCUUUGAAGAUAGACUUUUCGGCCUUCGAUGAUCGAGUCAUGGGUCUUCGAUGCGAGUACGUGGAGUCUUUGUUAGGAGAAGACCUAUAUCGCGAGUUGGUGCUACUAGAAGGCAUUCAAGGACGGGACGAGGUUAAACAAGCCGAGAAGGGCGCGAAGAGAAGGGAAGUUGCCAUGAGAAAAAGGGCCGGCUCACAGCUGAAUAAUUCUCCCGCUUCGAGGCCUAAACUCAUGGACGGACAAUCGGGGUUGAUAUGA